GAUUAGUGAGCAAACAGUUGAAGCACGAUGAAUGCUCUGCCAGCUCUGUGCAGUUCAUGGAUCCUGUGGGCCGUCCUCUCCUGCUUCGGUUCCGUCUCCGGAGGACAACCAGUCACAGUGGAAAAGCAAGUGUUUGCCCGCACCGGGGAGCCAGCUGAGCUCACCUGUGAUUACCGCACUCAGCCUGGCCUGGGAUUCACCGUGGAGUGGCGCCAUGCCCCGACGGGAACGCCUGCCAUCGAGGCCCACAGGGUGUUCUACUACAAUGGGAAGGUGUACUGGGUUGAAUCCUGGGAGAACCGGGGAGUGCUGGUCCAGAACCCACCCGUUCAAGGCUCCGCCUCCAUCCGCAUCCUCAGCGUGCAGCCAUCUGAUGCAGGGCUGUACGUCUGCGACGUCACCAACCCCAACGACUGGGCGGGAAGCGGCCAGGGACUGGUGAACUUCACAGUGCUCAUGCCUCCAUCCACACCGACGUGCUCCGUGAAUGGAGACGCCUACCCAGGAAAUGACAUCACGCUCAUGUGCGUCAGUUCCCAUGCUGUUCCUGCCCCUACGUACACCUGGAGCCGCGAGAAGAACGCCAUCCAGUUACCACUGCAAAACCUGGUAGAAGACCAGCAGACAGGCUCCCUGAUCUUGCGCAAUCUCUCAGCACCCUUCUCAGGCACCUACACCUGCAGGGCCUCCAACGAGCUAGGGGGUGCCGUCUGCACUGUAGUGCUCAGCGUCAGCUACACCAGCAGUGCAAUGGUUGCUGGUAUUGCUGUGAUUGUUACCAUCAUCCUCCUCCUCCUCCUCGGGGCAGUGAUGGGCUACUUCCUGUGGUAUAAGAAGAGAAAUCGCAAAAGCACCGAGGAGGGCCACAACCCGAGGUGUGUUCUGUGUCUUUACAAUCAGACUCACCAGCAUGCUCCCUCGCCUAGCCCUAAGUCUGCUGGGGGCCGGGCCCACGUCCUGCCCCAGAUAUACUCCCGGAGGGUCCACAGCCGCCUCCGUCUGACUGUCUUGUGCUGCAUGAUCCACAGAGAUCCACGGGAGACUGCUUCAGCCGCUCCAUUAACACGGAGCCCUGGGGACCGGCCGGUCCACCUUUCGGGGGACGGGGAGGAUCACCUCAUCCCUACAAAGCCCAGCAUCCUAGUAUAGAGGAAGGCGGGUAUGCAACUCACCAUGUCUGACGAGGACAGUGUUUUCCAAAAAUUCCAGCAUCAAUAAAGAUUUUCCAUGAAUCAGUCACAUAUCAUUAAUGGCUGGCACCAAUAUAAGAAAAUGUAUAUAAAAAUAACAUGGCGUAGGCUCACAAUUUAUACUGCACUGGAUGACAGAGUGCAAAAUUAGCAAGGCAAUAACAUCGUCAGUAAUCAUCUCUGAGCAUACAGCCAUAUGGCUCUGCCUCAUCGCAUGACGUCUCGCACGCAGACCUGUGGCAGGGCUUCAAAGCAGAUUACUUUGACCGAUUAGGUUUGAUUUGCUUGUUGUAAAUGAGACGGGCCGCAGCAAUGCAAUUGCAAUCAGAAGCCGCAGCGAGAAAACCAGGAUAUUGUGUUUUUGUGAGUUUUUAAUGCUGUUUUCCAGAUGCUGGUAACAAAGGUAUGAAUAAAGAUCAUACUUAAUUGA